AGAGUUUGUUUCCGGGGUAUGUGACCGUCGCACGUGUGGAUGUUCACGGAGCGGCUCGGCGCGGAUUUCACGGUAAACUCUUCAUCAUCUUCAUCUUCAUCACCGCUCUGAGCUCUGCAGCGGGUAAAGCGCGCGUUUGCUGUCCGGGAAGAAGCGACUGGUGAUCGGCUCUACUGUGUCUGUGUAGCGCUCAGAAAACAGGCUGAUGGAGGACACCGCGGCCUCAGUGACUCUGGGCUCAGAGAAGCGCUCCUGCCCUGAUGAAGAGCAGCACAGCGCCAAGAGGAUCAGGGUGGAGGAGGAGCCACAAGAGGAUGAGGAGGAGGAGCCACAGGAGGAGGAGGAGCCAGAGGAGGAGGAGGAGAGCUUCGCUGACAUGAUGAAGCACGGCCUCACUGAAGCAGAUGUGGGCAUACACAGAUUCAUCAGCGAACACACCGGCUUCAGCGGCAUCCUGAAGGAGAGGUAUUCAGACUUUGUGGUACACGAGAUCAAUAAGGAGGGCCGGAUGGUGCGUCUGGAUGAUCUGUGUGUUCCAGCUGAGGAGCAGGACAGACUGGACCCGAGUGAGAGCAGCUCCGCAGAGGCACAGACUCUCUCUGAGGAGCAGAAACAGCAGCUGGAGGACCUGCAGCUCUUCAGGAAUAAAGAGGGACAGGUGUUCAUCCAGGUGCAGGAGGACUCGAAGGAGCAGCGCACACUCCUGCACAGAGCGGUGAAGACUCUGUUUCCCGGCCUGGAGACCAAGACGGAGGAGCGCGACGGGCAGAGGGUAAUUGUGGCGUAUCACGCGGCCGGCAAGACAGCGCUGGCAGAGCUCAGACCUUCAGCAGCCCCUCGAAAGCAUUCAUGGCCGAAGAACCGCGGGAGUUUCUGCCACUUUGUGCUUUAUAAAGAGAACAAGGACACCAUGGAGGCCAUCAACAUCCUGUCCCGGUUCCUCAGGGUCAGACCCAACAUGUUCUCCUACAUGGGUACCAAAGACAAGAGAGCCAUCAGUGUGCAGGAGAUCGCCGUGCUAAAGAUCAGCGCUGAGAGAUUGUCUCACCUCAACAAAUGCCUGAUGAACCUAAAGCUGGGAAACUUCUGCUAUAAGAAGCAUCCACUGAAGUUGGGAGAACUGCAGGGAAAUCACUUCACCGUAGUGCUCAGGAACAUCUCCGGCUCUCAGCAGCAGGUGGAUCAGGCCAUGAACUCGCUGCAGAACACUGGGUUCAUCAACUACUACGGCAUGCAGCGAUUCGGGACCACAGCCGUGCCCACACACCGCGUCGGCAGGGCGAUCCUGCAGAACAACUGGAAGGAGGUGGUGGAUCUGAUCCUGAAGCCUCGUCCUGGAGCGGAGAAGGGUUACCUGGUGAAGUGCCGAGAGGAGUGGGCUCGAACCCAGGACCCCGCAGCGGCGCUCCGCAAGCUGCCGGUGAAGCGCUGUGUGGAGGGUCAGCUGCUGCGGGGACUCGCCAAACACGGCAAACACAACAUCAUCACCGCAUUCGCACUGAUCCCUCGCAACAACAGGCUGAUGUACAUCCACAGCUAUCAGAGCUAUGUGUGGAACAGUAUGGUCAGCAGACGUGUGGACGCUUACGGGCUCCGAGCUGUGGAGGGAGACCUGAUCCUCAGAGGGGGCUCCGCUCAUGUUCUGUCAGCAGACGAGGCUCAGAAACACUCCAUUCAUGAUGUGGUGAUGCCCCUGCCGGGGUUUGAUGUCAUUUAUCCCACACACAGCGUGGGUCAGGGAUACAGGGAGAUGCUGAGCGCCGAUGACCUGGACAUCGAUAACAUGCGGCACAAAGUCCGAGAUUAUUCUCUGGCUGGAGCCUACAGGAGAGUGCUGAUCCGGCCCAGCGACGUCAGCUGGGAGCUGGUCCAGUAUGAUGACCCUCGAGUGCCACUCGUCCACACAGACCUGGAGAAGCUGGAGAACAAACCGGCUCCAGUCUACCUGACAGAAGGGAAGUACUGUGCGCUGAAGAUGGAGUUUUCUCUGCCGUCCUCCACCUACGCCACCAUGGCGGUCAGAGAAGUGCUGAAGAUGGACACGAGCAUCAAGAACCAGACGCAGCUCAACACCAGCUGGCUGAACUGACCAUCACACACACACACACACACACACACACACACACACACACACACACACUCCUGCACAGGCGUCUUCAUGUCAGGCCUGUGAUGGUGAAGCUGCUGCUGAGUGUUGGUGUUGUGAGUGUGUCCUCCAUCAUGGGCUGUGUAGAUCUUCAGCAGAACAUGGAGGAUUCCUGAUCCACACUCUGGUGCCGUCGCUGGACUCUGACAGACAGACGCUCCAUGAUGUUUGAGUCCUGCUGAAUCACGAGUGUAUUACUGUAAAUGUGUAUUCUGAAUAAAAAAGUUGGACGUG